AGAUCUGCAUGCUGGCAACUUUCGCGCCAAAGAAAUGUUUACGUUCCGGCCAGUUACGUGUUUUUAUUAGCUCGUUGUUGUGGUAGAUGCCUUUAAAAAAAGAAGGAAGGAUUCGAAACAAACCAUGUUUCCUACGAUCAUCCGCCUUGUAAACAGUGAGCGCGGCGUUCGGUGAUUGCGCUUUACUCGCGCACAGUGACCUGCCUCCAUGUUGGACGACGGGCGCCGCCGACCGAAUCGCUGGCUCGCAAGAAGCCUAAGUUGAUAAUUCUCUCGGAUCCUGCCGUUCCUUCGAGCGUUGCCUUAAUGCGUUUGCACAAAUGGAUGUUUUCUCUAGUUUCCGCGAGUUUCUCGCGCUUUUUGUCUUUUUGGGUGUUCUCCGAGAGUCCGCCGAGUCCGAAGGGAAUCAGCAAGUCAUAACCGUCCCGUCCGGCAGGGUGACCCGCCGAGUUGGCGAGGAUUUGAACCUGACGUGCAAGAUUGCAUCCGACAAAACGUUCUCGAUGAUGUGGAUGAUGCCCCAAGACCCGGAGCUGCAGGUGCACCGCAUCAAGAAGGAGGACCGCCCCAACGAGCAGUCAGUCACCAUCUACCACCUGGAAGAGGCCGACACUGGGGUGUACACGUGCGUCGCCCAACACCGCGACACUGUCUUCAAAAAGAGGGUCUUUGUCUCCGUGUCAGUGCAGCCGGUGUCCCCUGGUCGGAAGCUGCCCUGCUUCGAGCACUCGUUUGUGUGCGGCAAUGGCCUGUGCAUCCCUCGGCGGUACACGUGUGAUGGCCGCAUGGACUGCCCCGACGGGACCGAUGAGGCGCCGGGCACCUGUGGGACGGACCCGUGCGAGGACAAGGUGCUGUGUGAAGACGGCCGCUGCCUUCCCCGGGCGACGUGCUGCGACCCGGCCACCCAGCUGGGCUGCAGGCUCACCUACAUGCUGCCCUGUUGCAGGAAGUACCUGGCCAGUGUGGCUAACGCGUCGGUGGGGAUCGUGCUGGUCCCACAUCAGCACUUCGGACCGGGCGUGGAGUACCUGCAGUCUUCGGUGUACACGGUGGUGAGCUGCGCCGUGGUCUUCAUCCUGGUGGCCACUGUCAUGGUGGCUGCCAUCUGCCGCAUCCACAUGCGCCGCUCCGUCAUGGCCACUGCCUUCCGCCCUCCCCGCUGCCUGCCCUGGUGCCGGCAGCUGCACCCGCCCGCCACCACUGUGGGCUUCCCAGGCGGCCAACCCCCCCUCCCGCAGCUGCCCUGCCCGCACCUGUCCGGGAGCGGCCCCGACCUGCGAACGGUGACGUGCGCCCACGGCAGCUACGUGGUGGCCUCGUACAGCACGGGGGCCCCGGGAGAGGCCAAGGUGCACUUCUUCCCGCACCUGCCGCCCCGGCCGCCCAAGUACUCGCCCCUGGCCGAGGGCCCGCCGCCCCCCUACCGCAGCACCGACGACCUCUCGGCCAAGCCGGGCCGACGCCGGCCGGUCGAGGAACCGCCGUCGUUUGGGGAGGCUUCACCCGUGUCGACCCGGCGAGAGGACGACGAGGCGGAGUGCUUGCUCCCGCCCUACGCGGAAGUGAGUUCGCCGCCGCCGGCCGCCGAAGGAGCACGGAGGGCGUCGACGUAGCGAGACGAAUCUACGUGCCACUGCCGCACAUUCUCGUUCAACGCUGCGGAGCGAAAGGAUGCGAAGCUCUUUGGGACGACAAAGUGUCGUCUGGCCGAAAUCUGGAUUUCGUCGGCGAUUGUAGUUGUGUAGGAAGAUGACCUGCCACGCCUCUUCCGCGAGUUUCGUGGGCGCUAGACGCUACGAGGGGGAGGAAGGUGGAAAUAGUCCGUGAUUCCUCGGGCGAUCUUGCAGGGAUGCUUGGCUAUUACCGGACAGACGGAUCGUCGAUACAGUUCCGUUUUCUUGGUAUCGUUAGUUCGAUCGAACGUUUGCUUUACCAUUUUAGCUUUUCCGUGUCUGUUCCAUAGAUUUCAUUAUGGUGUCUGUUCCGUAGAUUUCAUUAUUGGCGAGAAAACUUCCUCGCAGUUUGCUUCCCGAUUGAAUUCAGGAUCCUACGAGGAAAUGUAAGCAAUGGGACUUUCUUAUUUGAUGUAUCAUCAUUUUCUUACAUUGCCAUAUUAUGUAUGAUAGCAAAUUUUAGUUCUCGCUCAGCAUCAUUUUAUCGCGCCGUGUCGACGAGUGAAAACGAUUGACAGCCUUUUUAUGUAUAUUGUGUUGCAAAUUGGGCUUUGUUAUUGCCCGUUUUAUGGAAAUGUGGUUACCUGGGGGCUUCCAACAGCUAGGAAUUGUUAUACUGCUAAUGCAGCAGACCAUACAGACUUGUCAUACUGGCAUCCUUUCUUCGAAGUGCAGGUAUCCUCCAUAUACACAAGCUUAGCAGAAAUGGAGGCAAAGUCUCUGACUUUUUUUCUGGCACAGAAAGAACACCUGUUCCAGUCUUACCCUGUCACCUGUUUGCACUGAUUUCAUACUGUGAAGCAGUAGCUCAUAUUCGAAGCAGUCAAGUUUUAAGCAACUUUUCUCUUUAAGAAGCUAACCUUGCCCAUUGUAGCUCUUUGAUCGUUGGGGUGCUGGUUGUUUGCAUUGCUACGACGCCUGUUUUUGUCCAUAUCAAAGUGAGCCUUUGUCGGCAGAACAUAUCAGCUAGCUCACCGUUGAAUGGUUUCGUGCAUCUAGAAUGUAAAGGAUCUACUUGCUGUCGUCGACACCAGCAUUCCUGUUGGUUUUGCCUUGUUUCACUGCGGCUUCUUUAAGCAAGUAGAGUUGCUUGCGUUUUCUACUGGAUGCUGAUGGGCAACAUUUAUGUUGCCUUUUCUUUCCUGACAAGGCAGUAACUACAUGGCCGGGUAAGUUCUGCUUUCUAAAAGUGUUUGGGCUGAGUUUUCACGUGUUAGAGAUGGAUAUCAGUGUAGAUUUCCAGAAAAAAAAAAAAAUGUUUUGGCAUUAUUUUGCAAGGCUGGUCCGGUGGAUGCAAUAUCUGUUCUAUUGUUAGAGUGAAGGUUCCAUCGCUUCCAGUCCUUGCAGCUUCGAGGUUGGCCUCUCUCGUUCCAACAGUGACAAGUUUUUAAGGGGAAAAGCUUGCAGAACCAGUAGUUGUUAGUAAAGGAAGGUUGCAAAAAGGACGGCCAGUUAUUUAUUGGACAUAUUUGCUCACGCUUUCUGACAGCUGCCAAACAGAAAUCUACUGCAGCAAUACUCUUCUUGGAGAGAUGUCUGCAUUGUUCUUACCUUAGAAACAAUAGCCCCAACCUAAAUCCUAUGUGCCAAUCGCUGCCGAGCGCCAUUUUCUGCUCAGCCCGUCCGUACGCCUACGAGUACUUUCCAGUAUCGCUACUUGGCCGGCCCGACGUCGGCACUAGGCCGGCACGUACGAAAACUAUGUUUUCUCACCUCGUUUCACUCUGCCACUCUCAAGAAUACCUGCUCCGGUUGUGCUUGAAAAUGCACUUUCAAAGUGAACAAAGAAAGGUUGUAAAAGUCGAGGCGAAACUCCGUUGCAAAUCGUCGCACCACUUCGAGCGUCGUCACAAGGCUAUUUUUGUGCCGCUGAAAGACAGGACCAGAACCGACGGCCAUGUUUGCGUUUUUGCCCCGAGGCGUGUCGUGCGCCACAACCCCACGGAGUGUCCGACGUGCACGUGCCACUCCUCGUGUUCUGACAUAUCUCCUCCCGUGCAAGUGUGUUUUCCCCCGUCUGAAGGUUUUGCAUAUCAGGGAACGCCGGUUCGACGCAUCGUCCCUGGCGACAGCUCAGAGUAAAUUCCUGCCAUCCGACUUGUUCGCGGUGUCCCGCACUUCUGUGCAAACGUUUCGAGGUUUGUUGCGAUAGCUGAAUGCAGGAGUUGCCGACAGGUUCGGAGCGACAUUUUCUAAUUGUCUUGCCUUCGUGGACAAGGCUUUUGCAGGAAGCACACUCGAGGUCGGAGUAUUACUGAGGGUGGGCGGGACAGCCAAUUGACGUUCCUAUCCGAAAUUCGUCGGUGACUAUAGAAGAGCGCAGCAAUGCGACGAAAAAGUUUCGUCGUUGCCUAGAAGUGCGGGACAGCGGGAACAUGUCGGCACUAUUAUGCAACUCUAUAAGCACCCCGCGAGAGGCACCGUCUCAUUGCCAAUAUGUAUUUUUUGCUAGCCCCGUUAUCCCCUGCCGGUUCGGACGGAGGCUCGCCGACCCGAGCGCAGUUGUGGAUUGCUCGGCCCUCCCAUAGUGCCAAAGUAGCAGCAUUUCGAAUGUGAGGGUCUUGGCUAGGAAGUUGUUUGCAAUAACGGGUCAAGCGUGCAAGUGAAGUACUCUGCUGUUAACGUUGUUAGCUAUCCACCUGGUUGUUUCGAAAGUGCAUGCAGCAUCACGUUGCUUGUUUUGUUUGACAGCAUUCCUCAGUGGACAUCGCGGGGUAACAGUAUUGGUCAUUCGUGUGGGGUACCUUCAACGUGGUAGAUUACAAAAUUAAGAGGGUUUCGACUGGAAGUGAAAGCAUGCUGCUUCUGUGUUUUUUUGUAAAUGCCAGAUUGACUUUACAGACCGUGCCACAUAUAUUGCUUCUAUCAUCAACCUUAACAGUGCUAUUUCUGGUUACUUCUAAUCCUUGAUUAGUCAAACUAAAUUAUGGAGCUCAACAGUCUUGUUAACAACUUCUCUGUACUCUGCCAGCAGUGACCAUUUUUGUGUUUGUAGAAAGUGUAAAGCCAGGCUACAUUAACUGGCACUGGAUGCCAGACGGUUUGGUUAAGUUUGUCACUUGUUACUUUGCACCAUUUUAAUUGACAUUGUUGCUGGUAGCUUCUUUUUUUUUUCUUUUCUUUUUUCAAUUGGAAAAGCAAUGGGACGUUUGCUACCAAGGAAAAUCAACAUGAAUUUAUGACCGGCAGGGUCAACCUUAAAAUGAAGCUCUCGUUCUACUAGAGCUUAAAAGAUUAGCUCAAUGAUUUGUUUGAACAGGCACUUGAAAUGGGUUGCAGUGCUUGAACACCUAAAUUGACUUUUGCAGAACUUAAAAUUCUGGUUUAAGUAACAGUCACAACUGUUGUAUCUAUUUUAAUCAAAGAUAAGGGCAUAGAAGAGCAUUUAAACGCCACGAACCGAGACCUUUUUUCAUACCGCAGCUAAUGUUUUCAAUUUCUGAAAGCAUGAGCAACAAGGACAGCUUGAAUGCCGCCUCAAAUUGCCUCAAAAGGCUCAGGCGGUUUGUGUGAGAGAUCUAGAUUUGCAUCUACCCAAAAUUAUUUGUUUCUUCAAUCUGUGCACUUUAGAAAUGUCAGUAUUGCAGGUUGCUUCAGUUAAACUGUUCUGCAUUGCAACAUCGGGAUGCUCAUGUCAUUGCCUCGUUUUCACAUGCAACCUCUAUUAUUUUCUAGUGGCAUACCCGCUGCUGCCAGAUUAGCUUUUUGUCUGGAAAAUUUUUAAUAGCUCCUUUUAAAUUCUGAAACUCCUGGAAGAAAUGGCAGAAUGAUAGCACUGUUACUGGUCUAUAAGUUGAUGUAUUGCAUAAGGCUGUUAUUGUCAAGUGUCAUUUAGUGCAUGAGACGACUUGAUGCUAUCCUGUGUCCCUGGGGAAUGCUGAUACAUAUGUGACCUUUUGUCAUGCUGCAUAGCACAGCAGUCUUUAACUACUUCAUAUAUGCACCCCUACGCAGUUAAAUGAACAAAGUGGGCAGUACUCCGUGACUUUUGGUAAAGCUGCAUAGUAAGUAGAUAUAACAGCUUUUUGUUCCAGAAUUUUAAUCACAAAUGUCAUUCCAUGCUACUUUCACUCUGAUUUUAAUUGCUUCCUCAUUGACAGCAAGAUAACAGUAUGAUAAUAUUAAAAGCAAAAAUUUUGAGUACUCGACGUUUUUUUUUAUAGUACUCCUAGUUAGUCAAAUACUUGUACUAGGAUUGUCACCAGGUACUUUGGUACAGAGAGCUGCUAGAACCUUUUGGCACACAGCCAUCGCAAGCCCCCCCUCCAUUUAUUUGUCACUAAAUAUAUUGAGUGCUCUGAUGCCAUGAACAAAACAACCCCAUUGCCAUUGGCUGAUAUUGCAUCACAGAGGCACAAUUGUAUGUGCAAGUUUGAUGGCUAGGUUUGAAACUGGUAGAAUGUUUCUGAGAUGGCACAGAAAGUCUGGGCCAACAUAUAAACCUUUAUUUAGGACGCUGCGUACCUGCUUGCGACAGCGUGCCACACAAAGAGCGCCUGUGCUUACUAGCAUUUCUGGAGGCUGGCAUUGCCUGGUGAAUCAAAGUAUACAAAUAUGUCCCCCAAACGAGGCCGUUGGGUCCGACAACGCGUUAAUACGGUGAUUGAUAGCCAUCGAGAACUUGGUUUGACUACAGUCGUCGCAAGCCACUGGAUUCUGUGGGGCAAGUAUGCUGUGAACGAGUGACGAAUUUCACCCGGCCGCUUUCGUUCUGCGAUGAAGUUUGUUUAUUGUUCACCGCAUAUUUGCUCUGUAGUGUCGAUCUCCAAAGCAAAGAAGCCGCCCACUUGACUAGGAGCUCAUGAAAAAAAAAAAAAAAGUCUUGUACUGCUCAUUUCUUUGAGUGAAAGAACCUUUGUUGAUUUCUGCGAGUGGAGGAGUGAGGGGCUAGCACAAAGUAAGCACAUCUUUCUCCACUUUUGAUUCUUUGUUGUGUGAGCUUUCUGUUCACUCGACACAGUGUGCGUCUUUUGUCAACACAUAGCCCUGCACCAAAGUUUUUAGGGAAAAACAGCCCCGAGCCUGUAAUCCUAUUGAAUAGUGUAUAUGAACCAAAUAGGUUGGUGCGUUAAAAAUGUGAUUAUGUCACGUGUUUAGAAAUCAGUCGUCAAUCUGUUUUUAAAUUCUGAUUAGUACAAUUUUCAUUAGGACUAGCUUCCUUUCUUUUUAAUUUUCCGCGCUUACCCAAACUUACCAGCUCGAGGCAUCUUUCCCAAGAUUAUGGAUAUGCAGUGGCUGAUGGCACGUUUACUGUGUCUGUAGACCAACUUCAUUGUUCCAAUCGGUAAGAAAUCGUCCUGCUUCUCAACUUCGAUAACUGGAUGAACGAAGUAAUAGUAGUAGCUGUUCGGGACUUGUGCCUCCAUCUGCAGUCUCUGCCAAUAGCGUAGCCAUUUUUUGGGGGGUGGGGGAAGGGGAGGGGGGGGGGGGAAGGGUUAAAGGGACUGGGAUAUGUUCAUGACUUGGAGUGGGGAGGGGGUUAAAAAUGCACGUGUAUAAUUAAUAUAGGGUUGGCUGGAUGUUUGGGCGGGGGGGAGGGGGGGUGCGGGCUGAAGCCCCAUAAGCCUUCCCCCUGGCUACGCCACUGGUCUCUGCAACCCGGACAGGGAACUGCCAUUGGAUGAAUGGACCGACGCGCAGUUUCUCACACACAUAUCUUUAGAUGGUAACUUGGCGAGCUCAAAUACAUCAACGACGGCUCACAAAAUGAGUGUAAAGCGAAGUAAGCUUAGCGUUCAUGACGCGGGAACGGCCGGCAAGUCGCACGUUUGCCAGGGACCCCAGCACGCGCGGUACACCAGUGUGUGCGAAGGUCUUUCAUUGAGUCAAGCUGAUGGUCGUUUGUAACUCUGAAGUUGGUCUGCAUCUGCGAGUGGUUCCGUCCUGAGUGUAGCUCUGCUGCUUCUGUUCCUUGUUAAAGCCACCAAGGCCCACUGGCCUUCAAGUCCAUCCAUUUCAUGCUCUCAUUGACGCUGUUACUGUUGCCUGGUCGUUCAAUCGACUAGCGGCUGCCAGAGCCCCCUGUAUGGUCCCGUUCGCGGGACGGGCAGCGGUCCCGAGGAACGGUUUUGUUGAUGUACCGAGAAUGCGACCAAUAAAACGAGGUCAGCGCUCGA